UUUUCCACUAUUUUCCUAAUAAGUACUUAACCAAGGCAGUAAAUCUGAAAAGUUUGAAAAUGACUUGAUUUAAAUUCAGGGAUGUCCUCCAGUGAUAAUUUCACCAGUAACACACACACCAAAAAAAAACCAAAAAAAACAAAAAAACAAACAAACAAAAAACCUGUUUGUUUAGUGCAGGUGUGUAUGGAACCUGAGUAUGGGUUGACCUUCUAGAAUGCCACAGUUAUGCUGCACAGUUAGAUUAAUAGCUAAGAGGCAAAUCGAUUAUAGGGCACUACAUAAUAGCAUGAGGUCUGUUCAAAGCUAGCUGUAAUGGCUUAUUGUUUUCCAUGUUACUCUGUGAUUAAAAAAUACCAUGAGUAUCAGCAUUGGGCUGUAUAACACUUAGUUUUCAAAAUUCUAUCUUUUUCUUGUUUCCUCAGUUCUUAUGCAACAGAGAGUUGCCUUUAUGUACUCAUAUGCAGUUAUCUUUGUUUAAUUGCUUUUGCAAUUAUAUGCUGUCUCUUACUUCCUUGUAGCCUUGCCAGAAUCUAUGCAAAAGAAGUCAUCAACUUUUUAUAUUUGAUAUUACAUUAUUUUUCCGUAACGAAGGAAUUUGUUUGCAAUUUGACAUAAUCUUCCUCUGAUGUAGCUCAGUAGCAGAUUACACAACUUUAUCUCUCUUCAAACUUGCAGUAAAGAUAAAAGCUGACCUCCAGCCCUCUGUUUCUAACUGAGAAUGUAGUUAAGGUAGAAACCUCUGUUUUGCAAUACAUACAUUAUUGUUAUCAGUACAUUAACACAGCUAUAACUGCAGUACAUUUUACAAAGAUGCUUCUGUGGCCUUCUAUAGUUCAUGUUUGAAUUUACUUCCUUGAUACUACUUGGAUAUCAAUGCCUAAGGACAAAAUAGCAUGCAGUAUUACUUUCACAUACUUAUAUAUUUCUAACAGUGUUUCAGAGGCAUAGACUUCAUUCUGUCAAUGGGUCAAGACUUUAAAUUAAAAUCUUCAAAAUUAUUUGGAUAUUGAUUCAUACUGUAGGUUGUGUAAGCUGUGAACUCAGAUUUUGGAAUUCUGCUGUAUUUCAGUAGAUUGAACUUUUAAAGGAAAUAUGACUGAAUUAGUGGAGUUUGAUGCCACUGGAAGUGCUCAGACCUUGUAAUAGGCAUCUGAAUCAGCUGAGUCUCCCAUCAAGUAUUUGUUAAUGCAAACACAAUGUUUCUGUUCUGUGGGAAGGUGAAAUUCCUGUUCUGCAGAAAGCAGGUAAGGGUAAACUUCUCCUUUAUGCAAAAUGCCAGAAAGAAGAUGUGGCCAGAGGUGCAUUUGUUGAAGUGUCUGGCUUCUCAGUGAGAGUCUUUUGGAAAAUGCUUAAUAUGUGCUUUUGUUCACAUGGGUUGCACUCAACAAACAAACCAUUCUUUUGUGUGCCAGGUAAAACCAGAGGAUCAGUUCUACCAACAGAGGUCAUGCUGUAAGCUCAGCUGGUAGGAGUUGUGGUGACCCUACUCAUGCUUUAUUACCCUCAUACCAGCUGUGUAGAGCGGGCUGUGUGCAGUAAUGCUGGGUUUCUAGGAAAUAAAUGACUUUUUUUUUUGUUCUGCUGUCAUCUGUGAACAAUUGAAAACUAAGUAAAAUGAAGAGAAGUAAAAUUCAGUGCAGACUGUGUAUUUAACGGUCACCUUUGCUAAUGAAGAUCCAGUUACAAACAAUACAUUGUUACUUCCUUGAUUUUAAAAAAAGCUGACUGUGCAAGCAUGUCUGUAGGAGCACGCAAACAGCACUGCAAAUAAACUCGGCACGGCUAUGCUUUUACAAGGAUAAGGUCUGGGUAAAACCUAUGGGGCAAGACUCUAGUUGCAAAAUCAGGGCACCCGUCACCACUCCCGGUUCUCGGAGGCAGGAGAGAAAUCCCGUAGACAGGAAGCCGCAUCUUACAGACCCGUGCUGGAGCAGCGACGCUGGCUGUGCCGCUGAGGCCUCAGCUGUCGGAGGGUGCCGCCCCUCCCCGCCGCCAGAGGAGCGCCCGCGGCGGAGGGCGGAGCUGGCAGAUGGAGUUGCCUGGCCUUGCUUUUGCUGUUUGGAUGUUUAUUUGCUUCCGUGUAUCUGUGGAUGGAUAUCCAAAUGGGAAAUUCAGCUAUCUGGUCCGGAUUUUGAAGGAUUUUUCAUACAAGCUCGGGAUGCAGAUGACUUGGAUAGCCCUGCAGUUGGUUCUUUCGUAUUAGUUGACCGGAGACAUUCUCAGCUUCUGACAUGUGGCCGUACCAUGAAUUCAGCUGUCAGUCACACAAGUAAAGCAAAAAAGAAAGUUGUGAAAGUUUAUUGGAUUGCUCCUGGAGUUGCACCAAAACGUGUGCGAUUUCUAGCCACAGUUGUGAAGAAAUACAAGACUUUCUGGGUGAAGAUUCCUGGUCCUGAUGUUUCUCAGCCUAAUGCGCCAUUUUCAACAACACCCUUGUACACAACAUCAGAGGCUGUAUCAACUUCACAUUCAGUUUCCUAUUUAACAAAGCCUUUUAAUGCAUCAGGUUGUGGAAAUACAAAGUUCUGCCUUAGGAACCCUUCAAACUGUGAUCCUGAGAGUGCUUCAUGCUUUUUUCUAUCCUUCCGUCAAGAGAAGAGAUCAGUAGUUAUUGAAAUGAGUGGUGCCAGUGAAGGAUAUUUAGCAUUUGCACUCUCCUAUGACCAAUGGAUGGGUGAUGAUGAUGCAUAUCUGUGUAUUAAUAAGGAUCACCAUGUUAGUGUAAGCACUGCUUACCUGAAGGGACGAAGUCCUCCUGUUCUGGAUUCAAAGAAUGCUCUUGAAGAUGUUUCAUGGAGGCUUGCGGAUGGUGUUCUUCAGUGUUCUUUUAGAAGGAAUAUUAGUCUCCCUACAUAUAAGGGGAGAUUUAACAUGAAUGUCAGUUACUACAUCUUUCUGGCAGAUGGGGAAGCUAGUGAAGGUGGUCCAAUAUAUAAACAUCAUCGUCAACCUCUGAUCACCAAUGGAAUGUACAAUGUCACAGGCAUUCCUCAGGAUAUUGGAGGUUCCCGGUCCCCGAGACUUAUCAAGGCUCAUGGUGCACUGAUGUUUGUUGCUUGGAUAAGUACAGUUAGUAUUGGUGUUGUUGUUGCACGAUUCUUCAAGCCUGUCUGGUCUCAUUCAUUCCUAUUUGGAAAGGAGAUAUGGUUUCAGGUGCAUCGUAUGCUUAUGUUGACCACCAUUAUGCUUACAAGCUUUUCUUUUGUAUUGCCUUUUAUAUACCGAGGUGGUUGGAGCAAACAAGCAGGUUUUCAUCCGUAUCUUGGCUGUACUGUGAUGGCUCUGACAAUCUUCCAACCUCUUAUGGCAGGUUUCAGACCAUCUCCUCAUGCACCAAGGAGGCAAUUGUUUAACUGGUUUCACUGGAGUAUUGGUACAACUGCUAGAAUACUAGCUGUGGUUACUAUGUUCUUGGGAAUGGAUCUGCCAGCACUUGACCUACCAGACCCAUGGGACACCUAUACAAUGAUUGGUUUUGUAGCUUGGCAUGUUGGUACUGAUGCUCUUCUGGAGAUACACAGCUACUAUCUCAUACGUAAAGUUGAAUUGAUAGAGGAUGACAGAGUACAGAUAUUGCAGUCACUCACAUCUGCAGAAGCAGAAGGUAACCUAUUUAAACAGAUUGUGUUAACCAUCUAUAUCUGUGGAAAUAUAAUAUUCCUCGUUGCCUUCCUGGCAGCAAUCAACCAAGUAUGAAAUAAGAAGUUGAGAACUUUGCAGUGAAGUACCAUUCAGCUGAAAAACAUGCAAGGAAUGCUUUCUAUUAUGUUUCUGUCAGCACAUCCUUGAAGAUGUGGUUGAAGAGCAACAGCAUGUCUGUGAGGGAGAACUUCAGUUCAAAUCAAUAGAAUGUUGGAAUCCUGCAAAAGCUUUCUUCAGGUGUUAUUUUUAAUACUCAGUCUUUGCCUGAGUAAGGAAUGAAGUGUUUUUUUAAUAAUUAUAAUAAUUAAUGUGGUUAGAAUUCACAGGUUAAGAAGAGUGAGAAGAUGCACUGAAAACACUGUUUUGAUAGUCCAAGUUCCCUAAACCUUUUGGGAAUGUUACUAGGAAAACUGGAAAGUGUGAUCCCAAUUCUAUGUUCAAAUGAUGUGGUUUGACAAUCUCCUGCUUGUGACAAUUUUGUCCCAUACAAAAAAAAAAACUUACUGAAAAAACUGUCACAAAUGCUUGAGCUAAACACUGAGCUAAACAUCAUCUUUGCAGUUUAAUGCAAAAAUUAUCUGCUCUAAGAGCAGUGCACAUAUACAGGGAUAAAUUCUUGGGAACUUCAGUUCUUUAAUAAGAUCACCAUUCUCAUAACUCAAAAUACCGUUUUGUUCUCUCAGUGCUUCCAAGCCAUAACAAGGAAAGCAUGUUUGCAAGUGUACAUUAAAACCUAGUUCUGCUAAUUCAAGACUCAAACAAGAAAAACCCAUCUGUGUGCAUGUACUUGUUCUGCUGUUUCUGGUCAUUUGUUGCUUCUGAAUUGCUGUUCUGUAUGAAUAACAUGGGCUUACGCAACUUGAUUCUUAAAGUUAAAUGAAAACAUUUGCUCUGUUAUACUGCAGUUGUAUUUGCUCUAUAAAAUGCACUGUUGAAAUAGUGAUUAGGAGUUGAAUUGACUUCAGGAAAAUGCAGCUCCUUUCAGUGUUAAAUGAGUGUCCUUUGAGCUGGUAUGUCUGACUCUUCCUCCUACUUUCAUAAACACUUUUUUAGUCAGUAACUAAUUUAUCUUAAUAUGGUAUGGGGAAUGGAAGGAGACUAUUCCCAACUUCUUCUGGUUUCUGACUUGCUUAGAUAUUGAAGGUCACUUUUUAACUGAAAUCUCACAAAUUAACCCUUAUUAUACUAAUUACACUAUGCAGUACAAUGCUUUGUUUUUUUAGUUGUAAAAUUUCAAAGUAUACCUCUACCAAAGGGUUUUUAACCUAGCUAAGAAUAAAGAAGUUGACAAAUGAGAUAGAUCCCAGUAUUUACUGUUCUUGAUAUAGAACAUCAUAGCACAAUCUCUCUGCUACCCAAUGAUUGUGUCUAAAACACUUCCAUGAGUCAGGAAGUGGUUCUUUCCAUUAACUAAAGCUGUCUAGUUUAGCCUCUUUCUUGAAACUCACAGUGCAGCCUGCUGCAAAGACACGUCAUUCAGAAUGCAUCAAGUAUGUGGUCAGAGAUUUUUGCCUGCUCAAGUAACUUGUUUAGUUUUAAAGCCUUUACAGAGCUGGGCAUAAUCCCUUUUGUUAGCAGCUCAAUAGACUACAAGUGAGUUUAAACUCAGUGAUCCUCCUUCCCCCCCCGAGCUGGAGAGGGCGUUCUCAGAUAGACAAGAGGAGGCUAAGAAGAAAUAUGGCAAAACUCGGGCUGAAAGGCAACAAGCAUUUUCUUUAUGUGAGGUUUUCAUUUUAUUCUUUGGAUAUCUUUGAUUUCAAAUACCUAGCAGUCACAGAUCUAUCCAGCACUAAAAUUUUGGGAGCUCUUCCAUAUACUGAGUUUACAGAAGACAAUCUCUAUUCAGACAUGAUAGAUAGCUUCUUAAUUUAAGUCAGUGCUAGAUUCUUUCUAUAAUACAACAGCUGUGCUGUGUUGCUUCGUUCUCAUGUGAAAGGUGGGGGGUUUUAAAACAUGAAUGUAAGCAUCUUAAUUGUUUCUCUUUUAAUACAGUGGAAACACUAUCAAAUAAAAAUUAGACUAGUUUUGUAUAGCAGUAAUCAAUCAAUGUUUUCAUUGUAGUUGUUUAUUUUACAAAUUAAAGCAAUUCAAAUGUUUCCUGGAGAAACCCUUAUUGAAAUUGGAUGUUAAAAUAUUUCUGUAAUGCAGAAUAGCUCUUUCCUGAGAGCUACAGAGUUUGCAGGCUUGUUAGUUGCUCUUAAAUAACACUCUUUCCUAGUACUCAUGAUAUUGUAUAGUUUGUAAGGAAUUCCUGACAUAUUCCAGCAUCUUCAAAUCAAAGACUUGUUAAUUUUUUUAUCACCUUCCUGCCCACCUGCAUGACUAGUAAGAAGAAGCAAAGUGAUUGUGUUAGAGAGACUCUCCUAAAAUUCCUGUUACAAUCUUUGCAAAUAAAAAUGUAAAAAUGAAAAA